GUGCCAAAAGGCGAUCGCAUCGCCUCUCUCUGCUGUAUCACUCAUCUCUCGCAGGACUGUCUCCGACAGAAGUUUAAGGCCAUCUGCAGCGAAGACACCGCCAGUUAUUGGGACGACUCCUGGAACGAACUCGUGGAAGAGAAUAUGCAGUUUGCCUGCUCCAACUUCCCCAAUUUGGCCAAAUGUGACUCUGGUAUGGACGCCAAGGUAUGGCAGAUGAUCAAAGACGUUGCGGCCACCGAUGACGCCUCCAUUCUCGCACAAAGACAUAAAUUCAAGUCUGAGAUCUCGACAGCCAUGGAGUUAAUGGAAAUGUUUGAAUAAAUUGAUUCAUUCAUUGGUUGGCAUAAUCUCUCAUCAAUUUUGCUUAAUCUUUGAUUAUAUCUAACCUUUUGUUUUAAUUUAUGGUUAAUUAAUAAUUUCUGAACUAACGCACUAAAUAAUGGGCACAAUUUGUUAUAUU